AUGAUUAAGCAUGUCGAAAAAUUAAGAUUCAAAGUCGAGCUGGGCACCUAUCCAAACCCACCUCAACAUAAUAAGGCAACAUUGCACAUGCUCCAAAUCGUUCUGGGAACUACAUACUUUAAAGUACCAGAACUUGACAAGUUCUAUCAUCAAAAGAAAGGUAUUCCAAUGGGAACCAACGCAGCUCCAAACAUUGCAAAUCUCACUCUUUGUUAUUAUGAAUUGGAAUGGACUAGUCAUGACCAAGACGCUCUUGGAAAAUUGAGAAAUAACAAAUUACAUCUUGAGAGAUAUAUUGAUGACAUCUUCACAAUUCACUUCCAUCGUGUAAAUGAAGGAAGACGUGGUCAACUUCAGAAAUAUAUCAGAAAUCUCAAGAGAUAUUAUCCAAAAUCGCUAAUUCUCAAUGACGCAUCCACAGAUUCAUUCCUUGAUAUCAAAUUCUUUUUCAGUCCUCAAAAUGAUGAAUCCGAACCAUUUCGAAUUGAAACAACAACACAUCAAAAGGAACUCAAUUUAUAUCAAUAUACAAGAAAAGAUUCUUGUGCAGCUCCUGGUGUUGUAAAGGGACUCAUUAAUGGAGAAUUGAUUAGAUAUGCAAAGAGAUGUUCAACAUUUGAACUAUGGGUUGGAAUUAGAGAUCGUUUCAAGGAGAGACUUCACAACAGAGGAUACUCCUACAAAUUUAUUAAUAAGUGUAUGAAACAUCUCAAUUAUUUUACUCUCAAGAGGAAAUAUCCUCUAAAUUCAACUUCCAUUGAAGUGAAAAUUGAGAGAGCAAGAUCACAAUUGUUUCUUCAUGAACAGAAACCUCCACCAGUUUGGAGAGUGGUCUUUAAGGGAACUGACAAUCAUAUUCCUUAUAGGAAAAUUCUCAAUCAUGUAUGUGAGGGUAUUACAUUUGUGAAUGAUCCUUCAAAAGUGAUCAUUUGUAAUAUCAGAAUGCCUACAAUUAUUGAAUUGCUCAGAGCAUUUCAAAAGAAGAUUGAAUUCUUCAAAUAUCUCAAUCCUGAUUGUACUCAACAACAGAUUGAUACACAAUUUUAUAAGUUCAUUGCUAACAAAUUUUUAGCUUUGAAAAGAGGAACUCACCUCAACAAGAUUACACAACGAAGGGUUGGAGGAAAGGAUCUUUUGGAGGAUCUUAAACCCCCAGCACCCCAGCGAACCCUCCAACCCCACUAA